AGAAAAGAAGCCUUUAAAAGUCUGCUCUUGUUUUUGCUGUUUUGAAUAGGAACAGAUAAAGCUUUCCCUCUGGUUUGAAUAAGUCAAGCCCAGAGCUAGGCUGGCCAUGAUUGGCCAGGGCUAGGAAAAUGUGGUGAAGAUGCAAACCCAAGCAAAUAUAACCCAGAGUCUGCGCAGCCAUUACUACACUCAGGCAGCGGGACCCGGAGCCUCCUGCGUUGGGGCGCUUCUUCAAUACCGCUGCUGCUUACUCACCAGCAAACUGAGAAGACGGUGGGAGAGAAGGCAAGUCCCAAGAAGACGAGAGCCAUGCCUCUGAGCAGCGCCUUCAGGUCUGUGGGCAACGACCCUGGGAUCAUCACCUGGAGAAUAGAGAAAAUGGAGCUGGUGCUGGUGCCCCUGAGUGCCCAUGGCAACUUCUAUGAGGGGGACUGCUACGUCAUCCUCUCGACCCGGAGAGCGGGCAGUCUCCUGUCCCAGAACAUCCACUUCUGGAUCGGGAAGGACUCCUCCCACGACGAGCAGAGCUGUGCAGCCAUCUACACUACACAGCUGGAUGACUACCUGGGGGGCAGCCCCGUGCAGCACCGGGAGGUCCAGUACCAUGAGUCCGACACCUUCAGUGGCUACUUCAAGCAGGGCAUCAUAUACAAAAAGGGGGGUGUGGCCUCUGGGAUGAAGCAUGUGGAGACCAACACCUAUGAUGUGAAGCGGCUGUUACACGUGAAGGGGAAGAGAAACAUCAGGGCCACUGAGGUGGAAAUGAGCUGGGACAGUUUUAACCGAGGAGAUGUCUUCUUGCUGGACCUUGGCAAGGUCAUCAUCCAAUGGAAUGGUCCAGAGAGCAACAGUGGGGAGCGCCUGAAGGCUAUGCUUCUGGCAAAGGAUAUUCGGGACAGGGAGCGAGGGGGCCGUGCUGAAAUAGGAGUGAUCGAGGGAGACAAGGAGGCGGCCAGCCCGGAGCUGAUGAAGGUCCUUCAGGACACCCUCGGCCGACGCUCCAUUAUCCAGCCUGCGGUCCCUGAUGAGAUCAUCGAUCAGCAGCAGAAAUCAAAUGUCAUGUUAUAUCAUGUCUCAGACUCGGCUGGGCAGCUGGCGGUCACGGAGGUAGCAACAAGGCCUCUGGUCCAGGACUUACUGAACCAUGAUGACUGCUACAUCCUGGACCAAAGUGGAACCAAGAUCUAUGUGUGGAAAGGAAGAGGAGCCACAAAGGCUGAGAAACAGAUGGCCAUGUCUAAAGCCCUGAACUUCAUCAAGAUGAAGGGCUACCCCAGCAGCACCAAUGUGGAGACCGUCAACGACGGUGCCGAGUCAGCCAUGUUCAAGCAGCUGUUCCAGAAGUGGUCAGUGAAGGAGCAGACCAUGGGCCUGGGGAAAACGUUCAGCAUCGGUAAAAUCGCUAAAGUUUCCCAGGACAAAUUUGAUGUGACUCUGCUGCACAAUAAACCAGAGGUAGCUGCCCAGGAAAGAAUGGUCGAUGAUGGCGACGGAAAAUUUGAGGUCUGGAGAAUUGAAAACCUGGAGCUGGUCCCCGUGGAGCAUCAGUGGCACGGCUUCUUUUAUGGGGGAGACUGCUAUCUGGUUCUCUAUACAUACGAGGUUUAUGGGAAGCCGCAUUACAUCUUGUACAUCUGGCAGGGCCGCCACGCCUCCCAGGAUGAGCUGGCAGCCUCGGCAUACCAGGCAGUGGAGGUGGAUCGGCAGUUUGACGGGGCCCCGGUGCAGGUCCGGGUUACCAUGGGGAAGGAGCCACGCCACUUCAUGGCUAUCUUCAAAGGAAAGCUGGUUAUCUUUGAGGGUGGGACUUCUAGGAAGGGAAAUGCUGAGCCCGAUCCUCCAGUAAGGCUCUUCCAGAUUCAAGGCAAUGCCAAAUCUAACACCAAAGCAGUGGAGGUUCCAGCCUUCGCCUCCUCCCUAAACUCCAAUGACGUCUUCCUGCUGCGGACCCAAGCAGUGCACUAUCUGUGGUAUGGCAAGGGAUCUAGUGGGGAUGAGCGGGCAAUGGCUAAGGAGCUGGCUGGGAUUCUCUGUAAUGACACCGAGGACGCUGUGGCUGAGGGCCAGGAGCCUGCUGAGUUCUGGGACCUGCUGGGAGGGAAAACUCCCUAUGCCAAUGACAAAAGAUUACAGCAGGAAAUCCUAGAUGUCCAUUCCCGUCUCUUUGAAUGUUCCAAUAAGACUGGCCGGUUCAUUGUCACUGAGGUCACAGACUUCACCCAGGAUGACCUGAACCCGGGUGACGUGAUGCUCCUGGACACCUGGGACCAGGUGUUCUUGUGGAUUGGGGCUGAGGCCAAUGCCGCAGAGAAGGAGAACGCUCUUGCUACAGCCCAGGAGUACCUGCACACUCAUCCCAGUGGCCGAGACGCCGACACACCUAUCCUGAUCAUUAAACAGGGGUUCGAGCCUCCCACCUUCACAGGCUGGUUCUUGGCCUGGGACUCUCACAUUUGGAGUGCAGGAAAAUCAUACGAACAGUUAAAAGAAGAGCUGGGAGACACUGCUGCUAUCACGAGAAUCACUGCGGACCUGAAGAACACAACCCUUUCCCUGAAUUCCGAGCUAAAAUAUUAUCCUAUAGAAGUUCUGUUGAAAAAUCAGAAUCAAGAACUGCCUGAGGAUGUGGACCCUGCCAAAAAAGAGAAUUACCUCUCUGAACGAGACUUUGUUUCUGUGUUUGGCAUCACACGAGGGCAAUUUGCUGCUCUGCCUGGCUGGAAACAGCUCCAAAUGAAGAAAGAAAAGGGGCUUUUCUAAGGCAAGAAAGCAUACGCCUAUUGCAGGACCACAGAAGAGAGCAGACAGUGCCAAUAACAGGAAAGAAUUUAUCUUCCAAUUGUUGCCUAACAUCCAGCUACUUAAUUUAGAUAAAGUAGGGUCUGCAAAUCAUAGCAUGUUCUCCAUUUUUCUCAUCUUUGCAUUCCUUAGUUAUAUACCUAAAAUGUUAACUACCCAUUUUUUGAUUUUUGUGGCCUUUUGGCUACAGCCUCAGCAGAAAGCACAAAAACUACAUGAAUUUGGAGAAGUCAAAAGUAAGAGAACAGAAAACUACGUUUAAAGUGUUGAGGCAAAGACCUAAUUCAUUUAAAAUUUUAAAAUCGGUAUUUUCAAAACCUAUUUAACCCACAAAUCAUUGAAAUUAAUCACAUGUAUACCCCAAAGCCAAAAUCCAAAUGCCCAGGUCUGUAUGUGCCAGAGCUUUUUAACUUUUCAAAUAAAGAUACCUGUA